AUGCCCCCACAGAGUCUAGAGGAUGGUGGCCAAUCUACCAUAGACGAGCUAAAAGAGGUAAACCUUGGUACAAUAGAAGAACCACGCCCAACUUUCAUUAGUGCAUCUCUCUCUAGUGAAGAGGAGGGUAAGUACAUGAGUUUGCUUACAGAGUAUAAGGACAUUUUUGCUUGGUCGUACAAAGAGAUGUCAGGACUUGAUCCAAAGGUAGCAGUCCAUCAUCUUGCAAUUAAACCAGGGUAUCGACCGAUUAAGCAAGCACAACGACGUUUUCGACCAGAGCUUAUUCCCCAGAUCGAGGUUGAAGUCAACAAGUUGAUUGAAGCAGGAUUCAUUCGCGAAGUCAAAUACCCCACAUGGAUAGCAAAUAUUGUCCCUGUCAGAAAAAAGAACGGGCAACUUCGUGUUUGUGUAGACUUUUAUGACCUGAAUAAUGCGUUCCCUAAAUAUGAUUUUCCUUUGCCCAUCACAGAAAUCAUGGUUGAUGCAACUACUGGACACGAGGCACUAUCCUUUAUGGAUGGGUCGUCUGGAUAUAAUCAAAUACGAAUGACACUUUCAGAUGAAGAAAUGACAGCCUUCAGGACCCCAAAGGGAAUAUAUUGUUACAAGGUGAUGCCCUUUGGAUUAAAAAAUACCGGUGCCACUUAUGAACGUGCUAUGCAAAAAGUGUUUAACGAUAUGCUACAUAAGUAUGUCGAGUGCUACGUUGAUGACCUUGUGGUCAAAUCCAAGAGACGACAAGACCAUUUGAAGGAUCUAAAAGUUGUGUUCGACCGCUUGCGAAAAUAUCAGUUGAGGAUGAACCCUCUCAAAUGCGCGUUCGGUGUAACUUCAGGAAAGUUUCUUGGCUUUAUUGUAAGGCAUCGAGGGAUUGAGAUAGACCAGUCCAAGAUUGAUGUCAUUCAGAAGAUGCCAAGGCCAAAGAGUUUUCAUGACCUAAGAAGUCUCCAGGGACGAUUGACUUACAUUCGAAGGUUCAUCUCCAACCUGGCUGGUCGGUGCCAACCUUUUCAAAAGUUAAUGAGAAAAGGAGAAAAUUUUGUGUGGGAUGAGGCUUGUCAGAAUGCUUUUUAUAGCAUAAAGAAAUACUUGCUCAAUCCCCCAGUAUUAGGAGCUCAUGUACCUGGCGAGCCAUUAAUAUUGUACAUUGUUGCACAAGAAAGGUCUCUAGGUGCAUUGUUGGCGCAAGAGAAGGAGAAAGGAAAGGAAUGUGCUCUCUACUAUCUAAGCAGAACUUUAGUUGGGGCUGAAGUUAACUAUUCUCCCAUUAAGAAAAUGUGCCUUGCACUUUUCUUUGCCAUCGAUAAGUUGAGGCAUUAUAUGCAGGCCUUCACGGUUCAUCUAAUAGCAAAGGCAGACUCUAUAAAGUAUGUUCUGUCUAGGCCGAUUAUCUCUGGACGCUUAGCCAAAUGGGCGGUUAUACUCCAGCAAUAUGACAUUGUCUAUAUUUCCCAAAAGGCGAUAAAAGGACAAGCGUUGGCAGAUUUUCUGACGAACCACCCAAUUCCUUCAGACUGGAAGUUAUGUGAGGAUUUGCCAGAUGAUGAAGUUUUCUUCACGAAAAUGGUGGAACCUUGGACUAUGUAUUUUGAUGGCGCAGCGCGAAGGAGUGGUGCGGGGGCAGGCAUCGUCCUCAUUUUUCCUGAAAAACAUAUGUUGCCUUAUAGCUUUGCGCUUGCUGAAUUGUGCUCAAACAAUGUGGCUGAAUAUCAAGCCUUGAUAAUUGGCUUUCAAAUGGCAUUAGAAAUCAGAGUAUCAUUCAUAGAAAUUUACGGCGAUUCAAAGUUGAUAAUCAAUCAACUCUUGCUUCAGUAUGACGUGAAACAUGAAGACUUGAAGCCAUACUUCACUUAUGCUAGACAAAUGAUGGAAAGGUUUGACAGUGUGAUGCUGAAGCAUGUCCCUAGAAUAGAAAACAAAAGAGCAGACGCAUUGGCAAAUUUAGCCACUGCCUUGAUGAUGCCGAAUAACGUAGCUCUAAAUAUACCACUUUGUCAACGAUGGAUUAUGCCUCCACUUUUGCCUGAAUGUCAGGAAGCGAACGUAACGACAUCUCAUUUGAUUAAUGAAGAAGAUUGGCAUCAACCCAUCAUAGAGUAUCUUGAGCACGGAAAACUUCCGAAGGAUUCUCGUCAUAAAACUGAGGUACGAAAAAGGGCUGCACACUUUAUUUAUUACAAAGGAACUUUAUAUCGCCGUUCUCUUGAAGGACUCUUUCUUAGAUGUCUUGGAAAGGAAGAGUCGAUAAAAGCUCUAGAGGAAGCACAUGCAGGUGUCUGUGGAGCAAAUCAAUCGGGACCAAAGCUUCAAUUUCAGUUGAGAAGAAUGGGCUAUUAUUGGUCUAAGAUGGUUCAAGAUUCAAUGGACUAUGCAAAGAAGUGUGAAGCUUGUCAAUACCAUGCAAACUUCAUACAUCAACCUCCAGAGCCUCUACAUCCAACUGUGGCUUCUUGGCCGUUUGAGGCUUGGGGACUCGAUCUGGUUGGUCCUAUUACACCAAAAUCAUUAGCAGGACAUUCUUAUAUCCUUGCAGCAAUAGAUUAUUUCUCAAAAUUGGCUGAGGUCAUUCCUUUGAGAGAGGCCAAGAAGGAGAACGUGGCAAACUUUAUUCGUACCCAUAUCAUCUAUCUAUACGGUAUUCCUCACCGGAUUGUGACAGAUAAUGGAAGACAAUUCUCCAAUAGCAUGAUAGAUAAAUUAUGUGAAAAAUUCAAGUUCAAACAAAGCAAGUCAUCUAUGUACAAUGCAGCUGCGAAUGGCCUAGCAGAAGCAUUCAAUAAGACGUUAUGCAAUCUUCUAAAGAAAAUUGUCUCCAAGUCGAAGAGGGAUUGGCAAGAAAGAAUCGGUGAAGCAUUGUGGGCUUAUCGAACCACUCAUCGCACUCCUUCCCCUUGA